UAGCCUGAAAACAAUAAAAUCUCUAACAUGUAACAAUAGUUCAUAUAUAGCAGCAAUUGCUUUAUUUUUUACUAUAUGGUUCCACUAUACAUCAUUUUUUGUUCUUUGAUGGACCACCAACAUAAGUUUAUGUUAAUAUUCACAGCAACAGCAGCAAUGUUGCUAUCAUGCGCUGUGACGCUACAACACUGCGGUAAUUGUGGUUCAAACCCGGUUCCAUAUCCAUUAAGCACUGGACCCAACUGCGGUGACCCGCAUUACAAAAUCCGGUGCACCGCAGGCACGCUGUGGUUAGAUGCACUUGCGGGGUCAUCCUAUAUGAUUGUAUCCAUUGACCAGAAAAUCCGUCGGAUUAUAACCCGACCCGCUACAUUUGAACGAAACAAGUGCGUGUCCACGGACUUACGCAGCGAAGGCAUGCACCUGAACGAGACUCUUCCUUUCAGUUUAGCCGCGGGAAACACCGUUUUUUUAUUCAACUGCACCGUUAAAGUACAACACGCGCCGCCGAUGGAUUGUACAGUAAGGAGUCUGUGCCAUAGCUACAUCAAGGACCAUAUAGAUAAUGCAAGCGCGUGUGGGCGCGUGGGUAUGUGCUGCUCGUAUGUUACUGGCAGUGGCCGUAAAGAUUAUGUAGUUCGGGUUUAUGGUGGAGGAUGCGCGGCGUAUAUGAGUUUUUUGGAUUUGAAUGGUGCGGUGGGGACAGUGGGAAAGCGGUGGCCAGAACCUGGAGUUGGGAUAGAGUGGGUGGCGCCUCAGGAACCGGUUUGUAAGGUGCCGAUGGAUUGCAAUGAAUUGUUGAAUUCGAAGUGUGGAAUGGGGGUUGGUGGGGUGCAGAGGUGCUUCUGCAAUGUUGGCUUCAAAUGGGAUUCAAUUAAUGGAUCGUGUCAAUCUCAAACUCAAUAUCAGAAUCAGACCCAAGCUCAAGCUCAAAAUGCAAAAUGUGUGGGGCAUGGGAAAGUUAGCCGCUGCAAAGUUAAGAAGAAAAAGAAAAUGCUUCUAGCUGUCAUAGUUUCCUUAGGAGGAAUAGUAACAAUUGCAACAUUAAUUGGAUUCAUUCUCUACAAGAAGAAGAAUCAAAUGGAAACAAAAGCAGAGAAUGCCAAAAUCAAAAAAAGCAAAGACAUCUCAAGUGCCAAAGCUAGUGCUCUAUCAUCAAGAAUCUUCACAGGCAGAGAGAUUCAGAAAGCAACCAACAAUUUCUCCCAAGAAAAUCUCAUAGGCUCUGGUGGUUUUGGUGAAGUCUUCAAAGGAACUUUUGAUGAUGGAACCAUCACAGCCAUAAAACGUGCUAAACUUGGUAACACAAAAAGCAUUGAUCAAAUGCAAAAUGAGAUUAGAAUUCUCUGCCAAGUUAACCAUAGAAGCCUUGUUAGACUCAUUGGCUUUUGCUUAGAACUUGAACACCCUCUACUAAUUUAUGACUAUGUUUCAAAUGGGUCACUUUUUGAUUACCUUCAUAACAAAAGGGCACCUCUCAAAUGGAUUCAAAGGCUCAAAAUUGCACACCAAACAGCUGAAGGGUUAUCCUAUCUACAUUCUUCGGCCGUGCCUCCGAUUUACCAUCGUGAUGUGAAAUCGAGCAACAUACUUCUUGAUGAGAAGUUUAAUGCAAAAGUUUCUGACUUUGGAUUAUCUAGGCUAGUGGAAAUAGCUGAACAAAAUAAAAGUCAUAUUUUUACUAGUGCACAAGGAACACUUGGUUAUCUUGAUCCGGAGUAUUAUCGCAAUUUUCAGUUAACCGAUAAGAGCGAUGUUUAUAGCUUUGGAGUGGUGUUGAUGGAGUUGUUAACUUCUGAGAAAGCUAUUGAUUUUAAUAGGGAAGAAGAGAAUGUGAAUUUGGCUAUUUAUGGUAAGAAGAAAUUGAUUGAAGAGAGGUUGAUGGAUGUUGUUGAUCCUGUGAUGAAAGAUGGAGCUAGUGAUUUGGAAUUGGAAACUAUGAAAUGUUUGGGGUAUUUGGCUACUUCUUGUUUGGAGGAACAGAGGCAAAAAAGGCCUACAAUGAAAGAAGUUUCAGAUGAGAUUGAAUACCUUGUUAAAAUUGUUAAAGGUGAGGCUUCCAAAUCAUGAAUUUAUCUCUUUGGCAAAGCCAUGUAAAAGUUGAAAAGUGAAAAUGUAAUUUAUGGUUGUUCACACAGGCUGUGACUUGGGUAAUAAGUUUGGAAUAAUUUUUGACUUGUUGUUACUUA